AUGAAUUCAACUACCGUGACUCAAAAUCAAAGCGAUCCACUUGACCAGUGCUCUUCUUUUCCUGAAACAACGGAAGCCAAAGUUGCAAAAACACUGGCGUAUGCUGUAAUCAUGUUAAUGUCUUUAUUUGGAAACUCCACCAUCAUGCUAGUGAUUUUCAAAACACAAAUUCUGCGCAACACAACCAGUUACCUGAUAGCUAAUAUGGCCGUAUCUGAUUUGUUAUUGCCAAUUUUUGCUAUGCCACGGGUGGUUAGUGGAGUCUAUUUGCAGUCCAACCGAUGGAUUAUUGGCGGGGAUUUCGGCUUGGCCUUGUGCAAGGUUAUACCACUGUUCCAAGAUAUCUCUACCGCGGUUUCUACGCAGAGUUUAGUUCUGAUCGCAAUUGAUAGGUUCUACAGCGUUUUCUACCCAGUUAAAGCGGCAGUCAUGGGUUUAAAGUCAGUAAAGAUUGCACUACCGUUCACUUGGCUUAUCGCCAUUGGCAUCCAUUCACCCUACUUCUACAUUUAUAGAUUUCACGUUUACAAAGGUGAAAUACAUUGCUUACUAAACUGGUCGCCACUUUUUGACAACUUGAAAGCGCAGAAGUUCUACUUCGUUGUUCUUUCAGUCCUGCUUUUCAUUUUGCCUUUGUCAGUGAUUGCAUGUCUGUACACUGCCGUCAUUCUUCGCUUGAAACACCAGAAGUUCCCGGGGCAUUACCAAAGCGAAAACGCGAGAAAACUCCGCGAGAAGCGAAACAAUGCCGUGUUGAAACUUUGUAUUGUCAUAGUUUUGGUUUUCAUCGUAUGUUGGGCGCCGUUCGUCACGUUCACAUUUCUAAAGUUUUUCUUCUGGGAAACACUGCAUUGCGGAAAUCCAAACUCUACAUUUAUUGUUCAUUUCAUUGCACAUUCGAUCAGUGCGGUCAACCCAUGCAUUUAUUUUUUGUUCAGUUCUAGUUAUAGACAAGGAUUGAAGGUUGUAUUCCCCUAUGAUUCUCAUGUGCGUCCUCGUAGCCGCGUUUUGCCCGAGGAAAUAGAACAGUUAGAGUUGAGAACCCGCGCUAGAACAUUUUCCAGUCGAGUGCUCUAA